AUGCUAGCAAGCUGCGAGGCUGCAUUGAGAUCCUCGCUCUCUGGCGCCACUCUCAACGUGGACAAGUCCACCAACAUUCAACCAUUCGCGGCGGGUGCCAGGCGAGUUUUACGUAAUUCCAACGCCCAGGCGUACAACGACGACGGAGAAGAAGAAAGAGGUGACAAUGCCAAAUUCCGACAGGGUCUGGAAAACUUGAUGUCACAUUUUAGUUCAUGGAAAGAUAAAGGCCCCACUGAAGUUGCUGCUUUGAUCGAGAAUCUCGCUCGUGCUGAGGGCAAAAGUGAGGUACACCUCCGGAAGUUGUACCAGUGGUUUAAAGACAAUGGCGAAAAUUUUCCAGCUUAUAUGGAGUCGCUUAAGCACCACAGCGAAUCGGUUAAAAAGUCGAACUAA